AUGCAAGAGGAUGAUUAUGAGGGCUUGGAACAAGACGAUCUGCAGUGCUUUAGCGUUCAAGAGAACACAUUCGAGUAUGAGGCAUUCGACUGGGAGAAUUUCACCGCAGACGACUGCAAUUGCUCACAACCGUUGCAUUCCUAUUUGGGUGUUUGCGAGGGUAUUUGUGAACCGGUCAAAGCGGAAUUUCCACCGUUUACCGAAGUGGCGUUACCGGCCGCUCUCUAUUUGAUGGUUUUUAUGAUUGGAACGAUCGGUAAUGCGUUGGUGAUCUUCGUGGUGAAUCGUUUCAAGCGAAUGCGCAAUGUGACGAACAUUUUUCUGGCCUCUUUGAGUACAGCCGAUCUGUGCCUGAUUUGGUUUUGUGUACCAAUUAUGGUAGGUUCCGUCAGAAGUUUAAGUUUGAACAUUAGCUGUUCGAAUCUAUCAAGUUUUGCUUACUGA